AUGGAUGAAAUAAAAACUGAAAAAGGUUCAAACAACAACAAAAUGAAGCCGAAAAAACGAAAAAAGAAGGACACAUCGGAUGAGUCGGACAUCGAAGAAGAAGCACCUCUCUUCCAAGAUCAAGACGAUGACAUCAUUGAUCUCGUAGACCCCAACAUUGUCGAAAAAACAACUUUAGACAUAUGUUCCAUAUGUGGGGACAUAGGCAAAGACAACGAGCUUUGGUAUAGAUGUGUCAUGUGCUCGUCUUGGAGCCAUUCAGAAUGUACGGGAUGGGAUUCAGCCAAGGACUACAUCUGUGACUUCUGUAAAUACACAUUUUAG